AUGUCUCGUUCAGUGGAUAACCGCAAGCAAAUCAGCAACGCCAUUUCGGCUUUGGAUAAGUCCAAGAAGCCUGAGCCUGAGAAGGGCGAUCUCUCUUUAUACGUUACCGAAGAAGGUGAAGAACUACGUACCACAGAACGUGCGGUGAAGCUGGUGCCUGCUCCGGCUACGUUUAAGCCGCUGGAUGCCGAUGUGUUUUUGCCCAAUGGCUUGCCUAACUGUGCGUUCUUGAAGGACCACUUUUUCAACGAGGGCAGACUCCAGCAUCACCAGGCGCUGAGGAUUCUACAUGCUGCUACGGAUCUUCUUAGUAGCGAACCAAACAUGUUGAGUGUGGCGGCGCCUGUGACGGUGUGUGGAGAUAUCCAUGGCCAGUAUUACGAUCUUAUGAAGCUCUUUGAAGUGGGCGGUGACCCAAAAAAUACCCGCUACUUGUUCUUGGGUGACUAUGUCGAUAGAGGCUCGUUUUCUAUUGAAUGCUUGCUUUACUUGUAUGCGCUCAAGUUGACUUACCCAGAUACCAUGUGGAUGCUUAGAGGUAAUCACGAGUGUAAGCACUUGACUGAUUAUUUCACAUUCAAGUCGGAGUGUUUGCACAAGUACUCCGAGGAGAUUUAUGAGGAGUGUUUGGCUUCGUUCAACGCUUUGCCGCUUGCUGCUAUCAUGAACAAACAGUUCUUCUGUGUUCACGGUGGUAUUUCGCCAGAACUUAAGCUGUUGGACGAUUUGGCUCGUUUGGAUAGAUUCAGAGAACCUCCUACCCGUGGUCUCAUGUGUGACUUGCUUUGGGCCGACCCAAUUGAAGAUUACGACGAAGACAAUAUCGAUCAGACGUUUAUGCGUAACACCGUCAGAGGAUGUUCGUAUGCUUUCACUUACAAAGCAAGUUGUCAAUUUUUAGAACGCACUGGCCUUCUUUCCAUUAUUCGUGCUCACGAAGCCCAAGAUGCCGGCUACAGAAUGUACAAGAGAACAAAGACAAUGGGGUUCCCAUCUUUAUUAACCAUGUUCAGUGCGCCUAAUUACUUGGAUACUUAUAAUAAUAAGGCUGCUGUGCUCAAGUAUGAGAACAACGUUAUGAACAUUCGUCAAUUCAACUCGUCUCCUCAUCCAUACUGGUUGCCUCACUUUAUGGACGUUUUCACCUGGUCUCUUCCGUUUGUUGGUGAAAAGAUCACCGAUAUGUUGGUGUCUAUCUUGAACAUUUGUACCGAAGAAGAGCUCGAGGAAUCCACUCCACUCGACGAAUUGGCUCAGGAAUCGCCUAUCAAAGCCACCGGUGGCCAACUUCCACAAACUGCCAAUGUACCUAUCAAGACAAACGACAGCUUGGAAGAAAAGAGACAGGCUUUGCGUAACAAGGUACUUGCCAUUGGACGUGUUGCCAGAAUGUACCAGGUUUUGCGUGAAGAGGCCGAGAAUGUUGCUCACUUGAAGAGUUUGAACGAGGGAACCUUACCAAAGGGUUCUUUAUCGCACGGUCGUGAAGGAUUAGAGCAAACCAUCUCUGACUUCGAACAAGCCAGAAAGGCUGAUUUGGUUAACGAGAAGUUGCCUCCUACAAGAGAAGAAAUGAAGCAAAUGGAAGAAGAGAGACAAGCCAAGAUCAAGAAAAAUAUCGAAACUUCCAGUUCAUCGUCGCCAGUCUUCCAGAGACUCAUGAGAAAGCUCUCUGGCUAA